ACUUGGGCUUUGUAUAUUUCUGGACUGGAUUCAGUAAUGAGGAAUCAUCAAAGGAGAUGUUCGACAACAUGCAUUCUGGCACUGCCGGUCCUGCCCCCAACUGCCAACUUUUCUUAGCCUGGGGUGCCAAUUGGUUCAAUUUAGCCUGCUCCUGGCGUAGCCCAUUCCUGUGCUAUAAAGCGCCGGACCCUCCCGCUCCUAGCAUAACAGCUGCCCCCAAGUCAAGCACAAGUUCUUCAUCCAGUAAAGAUCUCAGCCAGACUUCACCAUCGAGUUCGACGAUCUCAACACAUGGCACUUUGAGCACACCAAAGAGUGAAGCACCACAGCAGAGCUCUCCAGGGCCCAGUCCUCCGACUCUCCCUGCUUCCUCCAUCCCAACAGCCUCCAAAAGUAGCAGCAGCAGCGCCCCCUAUCAGACUUCAAGUGACGUGACACACACUGCUAAUCCAGGCCAAAGCUCGAAGCAGCCCAGCACACUUACUUCUGAUUCGCCUUCCAUCACCACCUACAAUACCAGUGGUGCCCCCUAUCUGACGUCAAGUCAAAGGACCAACGCCUCCAGUCCAGGUGUGGUGUUGAUCCAGCAGGCCAUGACCUGGUAUGAGGCACAGAGCUACUGUCGCUUGAACCACAAUGACCUGCUGCAAGUCACCGAUGAGAUGACACAAAACACUUUGUCAUCAGUCACCCAUGAUGGCCAAGGGGACGGCUUGUGGAUCGGACUUAAGAAACACCUUCUGUGGGAAUUCUGGUACUGGAGUGGCAGUGGGCAGCUUGUCGGGUACACAAACUGGGGUCAGGGCAAGACCAAUGAGACACCCGGGGUCCUGUGUGGCAUGGUGACCCUCAAUGACAAACUGACUUGGGCGGGUGGCUGCUGUGGAACCCAACUCAGCUUUCUCUGUCAGUAGUGGACAACAGCGGCCCCCUGCUGGCUAGGCUUUCGAUCCUGAGGAGACGGAAAAAGAGGGCGUUCGCCAACUCAGGUGGCCUGCAGACACGCAAAGGGACACAACCCUAACCCUUACCCAGACCAGAAAGCCCCCUGAGGAAGACCCCAUGAUGGCCUAGAGAGUCCACCACCCUGACCCAAAGACCCAUAAAAGACAGAAAUGGCGCCCCCUGGCAGCUUAUAACAAAACAUUCUGCCUCACAGUUCUUUAUUUUCAUUGUGGAUGCCCCCAACACACUUCACUCCACACUCCAUCCAUUUUCUAAUCAUUUAAGAAAAACACAAACAUGAGAGGGUGGGCUGCGGUGCCACCAGGGAGAGAAACAAAUCAGGAGAGACGCAAAAACCAAGAGAUGACCAUACAGGUUAUAGGAAAUCCACGUCUUGCACUUACUAAGUGGCUGCUGCUGCGGUGAUGUUGCACCCUCAGGCUUGAGUUCCACCAUAAACGCCGACUUUCCGGAGUGGUAGGGACAGCAGAAGGCUGAAUGACCGCCAUGGUUUGCUUUUUGCUUUUUUUUCCUUCUUAAAACAACAUGGAUACCCGGCUUAGUUGUAUGUUUGUAAUCUCAAGCUGCAGAUUGAAACUCAUUAAUGUUUUUGGUUUGAAAAAUUGGCGUAUUGGGUAAAUUGUAAGGCUUUUCUUCACAACGGGACCCCAGUACCCAUUAUCUCCAUUAUAAAACACAUCAGUGGGCUAGUUAUCUGUAAAAAGUAUACGGCGCAAAAAAAUGAAAGGAACCCUUUUUAAUGAGAGUACAGCAUCACGUCAGUGACACCUCAGUG